AGCGCCCUACCUCAAUCCAUCGGGGAUCCCGUCCGCCUACCUCCCCUGGUGGAUCUCUCCUCCCCUUUCCUGAUCUCUACUUGCCUGCCUGGGGAGAGGACGGCCCGCCAUGGCCCCUCGAUCUCUCGCCGCUCUCCUCCUGCUCCUCCUCUUCGCCGCCGCCGCCUACCCCUCCACCCGCGCCGCCACCAGCAGCAGCAAGGACGAGGAGGAGGACCUCCAGUACCUCAUCGACAACGCUGGUGACAUCCCCGGCAACGACCCUGACGGCGACGACGACGGCGACUACGACGACCUCUUCGAGGACCAGGACCUCCCGGACCAGCAGCCGCAGAUCGACGAGACCCACGUCGUCGUCCUCACCGCCGCCAACUUCUCCUCCUUCCUCGCCGCCACCCGCCACGUCCUGGUCGAGUUCUACGCCCCCUGGUGCGGCCACUGCCAGGAGCUCGCCCCGGACUACGCCGCCGCCGCGUCCCACCUUGCGGCCCACCACAGCCAGAGCCACCUCGCCCUCUCCAAGGUCGACGCCACCGAGGACACGGACCUCGCCCACAAGUACGACGUCCAGGGAUUCCCCACCAUCCUCUUCUUCAUCGACGGCGUCCCCAAGGACUACAACGGCGCCAGGACCAAGGAUGCCAUCGUCGAGUGGAUCAACAAGAAGCUCGGCCCGGGGGUGCAAAACAUCACCGCCGUCGACCAGGCCGAGAGGAUACUCACAGGGGAUGACAAGGCCGUCCUUGCCUUCCUCGACUCGCUAUCUGGUGCUCAAAGUGAUGAGCUUGCGGCUGCUUCAAGGCUGGAAGAUAGCAUCAACUUUUAUCAGACUUCAAGUCCUGAUGUUGCUAAGCUUUUCCACAUUGACCCAGAAGCAAAGCGCCCAUGCGUAGUAUUGCUGAAGAAGGAGGAGGAGAAGUUGACCUUCUUUGAUGGGGAGUUUAAAGCAUCAGUGAUUGCCGAUUUUGUGUCUGCAAACAAGCUUCCUUUGGUUACUACGCUAACUCAGGAAACUUCCCCUUCAAUUUUUGGCAAUUCAAUCAAGAAGCAGAUUUUACUAUUUGCUGUUGCAAAUAAGUCCUCGAAAUUUCUGCCCAUCUUUAAGGAAGCAGCAAAGUCAUUCAAGGGAAAGCUAUUAUUUAUCUUUGUGGAGCGAGACAAUGAGGAAGUAGGUGAACCAGUUGCCAACUACUUUGGUAUUACUGGACAAGAGACCACUGUUCUUGCUUACACUGGGAAUGAAGAUGCUAGGAAAUUUUUCCUUGAUGGUGAAGUGUCACUGGACUCCAUUAAGGACUUUGCUGAAAGUUUCUUGGAAGACAAGCUCACACCAUUCUACAAGUCUGAACCAGUACCUGAAUCUAAUGAUGGUGAUAUCAAAAUUGUUGUUGGGAAGAAUCUGGAUCUGAUAGUUUUGGAUGAAUCGAAAGAUAUCCUUCUGGAGAUAUAUGCACCGUGGUGUGGCCAUUGUCAAUCUCUGGAGCCUACUUACAACAAACUAGCUAAGCAUCUACGUGGCAUCGACUCCCUUGUGAUAGCCAAAAUGGAUGGAACUAGCAAUGAGCAUCCACGUGCCAAGCUUGUCCUCGAGCUUGAAAGCUGGAUAGCGAAGCUUGAACUCAGGUUCCCUCGUCGGACUCGUAACGGCCACCGUCGUCAAGGUACUCGAGCACGAUGCGGAAUAGCAUCUUGCACCUGUGCCCUGAUAAAAACUUCUCACCACAAUUAUAGCACAAGCCCUUUGCGCAGCGAUCGACCAUCUCGUCAGGUGUUAGGAACUAAAGGCGACUUGGCAGGCAACAUUCCGCCAGACUCUGCUCCUGCAGAAAGACAGCGAACGCAUACGGUGAACCUUUAAGCAAGGCUCUUAUUGCAGAUAAUUUUUGCUAUAGUUUCAUUAGGUUGUCUUCUUGAAUGUCCAUGCAUGGUAAUUUGAUUAACUGAUUUCCCAUAUGCAUUAGUUUUCAUGAUACAGAAUUGACACGUGCUUCCUGUUACAGCCUGAUGGAUACCCCACGAUUCUAUUCUAUCC